AUGGCAACCUCCCAGGUGGAGGGCUUCACACUGCUUGGCCUGUCCAUCGCCAUUGUCUUCAUUCGAAUCCUCAUACGGCUGAGACAGGUCGGCCUCCGGAACCUCACCGCCGAUGACUACUUAAUGCUGGGGGCGCUGGUCCCUUACAUUGCCGAGACGGCGCUGGCGCACGAUGUUGUUGCCAGGUACAACGGUCUGACCAACAGUGGCUUGACCGAUGCCCAGCGGGCAGCCCUGUCUCCGGACAGUGAAGAAUAUGCUUGGAGAGUUGGUGGAUCCAAGGUCCAAGUGGCAGGCUGGUGUGUCUACGUGUCAGUCAUAUGGUUCGUUAAGGCCUCUCUCUGUGCCUUCUAUUCCAGGUUGACGGAAUCCGUCAACGGAUAUCGCAACCGGAUCAUCUCUGGAUAUGUCCUCAUCGGCGCCUCGUAUCUCGCUUUGAUCUUGUCUCUCUUACUCAGCUGCCAACCCUUCCACCACUUCUGGCAGAUCAACCCGAAUCCCGGCAAUUUAUGCCAACCCGCCAUCUCGAAGGUAUACGUCCUCCUCACCGUCAUCCUGAACGUUUUGACGGACGUCUAUCUCAUCCUCAUCCCCAUCCCCAUGCUGUGGAGCGCUCGUCUGCCCACAAUCAAGAAGCUGAGUCUCUGCGUCGUCUUCUCUGGCGCAAUCUUCGUCAUGACCGCUGGCAUUCUCCGUGGCGUCCUCAUCCUGAAGGACCCCAUCAACGGCCCAAAGCAAGGCUCGUCAUGGGCCGUCCGAGAAUCCUUCGUUGCGGUCGCCACCUCCAAUCUCCCCAUGAUCUGGGGCUGGCUCCAGACCAGACUCAAGCCCUUCCUCGGCUCCCUCCUCUCCUCGCAGUCGGGCAAGCGCCGCGAAGGUCCCAGCGCGGGCAGCAUCAUGCUCGCCAACACCAACGACAACACCGGCCGCGGCGGGUGCACGACGCUGGUGAGCGUCAACCGGGAUGCCGAUGGGAGCACGCACGCACUGCGCACGGACGGUCAGGGGAUGGACUAUGACGGCGGGCAUGCUUCUGGCGGGGGCAUCAAGAAGGAGGUUGCCAUCUCCGUGUCGUCGACGCUGGCACAGAGUACACCCUCGGACAGCGGGAAAGGCGUAUCGCGGGAAUACAACCCGAACUUUUGA